UGGCACCACCUAUUUUCGGAAGCAAUUAUCAGUUUCCGUCAUCUCGCGGUUAAGAAAUUUUGUCUUCGCACAUAGCUUUCUCGUCCAGUGUGGUGCCUCUUUAAAGUUAAAGUGACGUGUUUAAUGUGUAAUUCCGGGCGUACGUAAUAUAACCAAUAAUGGACGCAAUAGAUGACAUAUCGAGCACUUGUGAGAAUGAUGCGAUCAAUUUAAGAAACAAUAGGGUGCUGUGCGGUGAUAGAGAUUCAACGUAUUAUGGCUGUGAAUCAGAAACGGAACAUGAUAGCGAAAAUGAAACAAUUGAUAUUUGUGAAAAUAGUGACCAUUAUGUUAGUAAAAAUUCUAUAAUAAAUUCUUUUGGUAAUGCUGAGAAAAUACUUUAUUUCGAACAUAACCGAUUGAUACUACCAGGAAAAAGUGCAACAAAUACAAUAAGUGACAAGAGUGAAUCAUCCCGAAGUGUUAAAGAUAAAAGUAAAACUUUCCUUAUAGACAAUAUUUUAGGUAAUAAUAAAUAUAGUGAAUCCAAAAACUUGAGCAAUUUGUGUCAAGAUGAACAUGACGAAGUUGAAGAAAACACUGAUGAGCAUAAUGUGUCGUCGACGUCAUCAGCAUGCCCUGAAGUGGGAGCGCUGAACGAAGCGGGGCUGCUCGCAGGACAAGCGUACGCGCACUGGCUCGCGACACAUCAACCCUCCAACACCUUCUACGAUGACAAGAACCAUCGAAGACCCCGGCGUGCAGGACCCGAACGCAAGCCAAGACAAGCUUACAGCGCAAAACAAUUAGAAAGAUUAGAAGCUGAAUUCAAACUAGAUAAAUAUCUUAGCGUUUCUAAGAGAAUGGAGUUAUCCAAAGCAUUGGGUCUGACUGAAGUACAGAUAAAAACAUGGUUUCAAAACAGAAGAACGAAAUGGAAGAAGCAACUGACAUCGCGUUUGAAAAUAGCACAGCGGCAAGGACUGUUUUCUGGACAGAUUUUUUGGACAUGCCCCUCAAGGAUAUUCUUUACUGAAUCCAUAUGCGUAUGCGCCGCUUAG